CUCCCCUUAGUCCUCUGCAUAGGACGCCUGAGGAAACCGGCCACGAAGGAUGAGCGAGCUGGAACAGUUGAGGCAGGAAGCUGAGCAGCUGCGGAAUCAGAUCCAGGAUGCUAGGAAGGCCUGCAAUGAUGCCACGCUGGUUCAGAUCACGUCUAAUAUGGACUCCGUGGGUCGGAUACAAAUGCGAACGAGGCGCACGCUGCGUGGCCACCUCGCCAAGAUCUACGCCAUGCACUGGGGAUAUGAUUCCAGGCUACUAGUCAGUGCAUCCCAAGAUGGAAAAUUAAUUAUUUGGGAUAGCUAUACAACAAAUAAGAUGCAUGCCAUUCCGCUGAGGUCUUCCUGGGUGAUGACUUGUGCCUAUGCCCCAUCCGGGAACUAUGUUGCCUGUGGGGGCUUGGACAACAUCUGCUCCAUAUACAAUCUGAAGACUCGUGAGGGGAACGUGCGGGUGAGCAGAGAACUGCCAGGGCACACAGGCUACUUGUCCUGCUGUCGCUUCCUAGAUGAUGGACAGAUCAUCACCAGCUCAGGAGACACAACUUGUGCUCUGUGGGACAUCGAGACGGGGCAGCAGACUACGACCUUCGCAGGACACUCGGGUGACGUGAUGAGUCUCUCCCUGAGUCCUGACCUGAAGACCUUUGUUUCUGGUGCUUGUGACGCGUCUUCAAAGCUGUGGGAUGUCCGGGACGGCAUGUGUAGACAGUCUUUCACAGGACACAUCUCGGACAUCAACGCUGUCAGUUUCUUCCCAAGUGGCUAUGCCUUUGCCACAGGCUCCGAUGAUGCCACCUGCCGGCUCUUUGACCUCCGUGCAGACCAAGAGCUACUGCUGUAUUCUCAUGACAACAUCAUCUGUGGGAUCACAUCUGUGGCUUUCUCCAAGAGCGGGCGCCUUCUGCUAGCCGGCUAUGAUGACUUCAACUGCAGCGUGUGGGACGCGCUGAAAGGAGGCCGGGCAGGUGUCCUUGCUGGUCAUGACAACCGUGUCAGCUGCUUAGGUGUGACUGAUGAUGGCAUGGCUGUGGCCACCGGCUCCUGGGACAGUUUUCUUAGGAUCUGGAAUUAACAGUGUCCUAAGUUCUGCUCCCCAAUGGCUAUCUGGAGAUCCACGCUACAGCCCACAGCUGUGAGAAGAAACUCUACCUUCUGUUUGCAGAUGAGGGUUUCUAUUGAGAUGACUACGUAUGAAAGAAAGCGUCUUUGAAUAAAGUACAGCCAAAUGGUGGUCAGAGACAAUCAAGACUAAGGUCCCAUGCUGCAGGCGAAGGGCCUGGGUAUUGAGCAGUUGUGUUGACUUUAAGCCCAACAGAUUCCUGCUUGUGCUAGUCCUUUUUCUGUAGAUUAGAAUGCACAUUCUGUAGCAGGUGACUGUUGUGUUUGCAUUUUGUUAGGGACUCCCCUUGAACUCUGUAUAUAUGAGAACCAUCACAUUUUUAAAGUAUUGUCAUGGGAGAGCCAGGACCCGUAAUAGGCAGAUGUGAUGUUGUAGAUAUAUGUGCUGUCUGAAGGAGUCCCCUUGGGCUCUGACAUCGCAUUUGAGUCACGAUGGCCUCCUGAUUAGGAGGGUUGAUAGAUGAGGUGGCUCUGCAGAAGCCAGUGGCUGUUCAUGCAUUGCCAUGCUAGGGAUCUAAGUGCUCCUUUUGAGUCAUUUGAGGGGACAGAUGAUGUGAAGGCCAGGGGGGACACUGAAAUGUCAUUACAAUUUAUUAUAUUAUAACCAGUAGACAUUGGCAUGUAUUUUAAUUUUUGGUAUUCUAAAAGGCUGAGCCCUUUGAACCUUUAGAUCUUGCUGUUAAUUUCACAUUCUGAAACCAAGUUUGUAGAAUGUACUAGUAUUUCAGAAGUUUGACAAAACCUGACUUGCCCCUGCUUCUGAAGACUCCUCUCAGUAUUCUCUGUGAUGGGUAGGAAACAGUGGCUCACCUUUAACAUUUUUGAGAAAUGUAAACUCAUCCACUAACUGGCACUAACAUACAUAAGAUGGCUUUAUGAACUCUGUGUAAGAUCUGAACUGGUAUAAAUUAUCUGCACCCUUGACCUUCUGCUCUUCUAUUUUGGUGGUGCUGCAGAAGGAAUCUAGGGCCUUGUGCCCACCAGGCUUGCUCUGCACCCCUGGCUCCUCCAGACCACGACAUACCUGUUCCUAUGCAGCUUGCAGUUGAGUGUCCAGAGCUGGCCCCUAGAGCCUAAAGCAUUUGUUUCAGAGGGUCCGCUCACAGCAGGCUGUCCAAUUGCUCUGUCUGUCACUGGGCUGUCCUGCCUCUCCUCUUGUUUUCUCCUACAAAUUUAAAUGACUGACAAUAGCAGACUGUUACCUCUUGCUGGGUGCUGCCUUCAUGGGUUACCUGGAUGUAUACAAAACAUUGUUUGAAACUCAGUAACACGUAUGUUGCUAUUUAAUAGUUUGUUAAAGUUGAUCACCUGUAACUAACUUUAACACUUCCAAACUCUGGAGUUUUCAUCCUUAUACUGUGACUGUGCCCAUGUAUGUGUCUGCUGUGAUGAAAUCAGCAUCAGCUUUAUUAAGGUCAGUUGCGCUUCACGUACUACAGUGGACAGAGCCUCCUCCCACACAGCUCCAGGGUUGGACCUGACUGGGGCAGAACAGGAAUGAAGAGCCGACAGACACAGGAGAGUUGGGGCUGUGGAAGAAACUGCAGCCCCCAGGAAGUGAGUUUGUUACAUGGAACAGCCCAGAGUUGGUGCUGCUGCAUACAGAUGAACAAGGAGGCAGCUUUUACGGUAUGCAGCAGGACCAAGGAGACAGGGCUAGCUAAUCCGGGUGAGGUUACUUUACGAAGCAUAGCUCUCUGAAAUAGGGCACAAUUUACUUAAAAGGAAAGAAUAAAAAAAAAAGACAGUGCUGGGCUGGAAUCUAGCCCUCCUUGUAUGUGCUGCCCAGAAGGCGCUCUACCUCUGAGCUGCACCUGCAGCCUGCCCCACCCAAGCCAGAGUUGAAGCACAUUAGAGGAUCACAAUCAUUUCCCCACAAGGGUGUGUUUCCAAGACUGCUGUGUAACUCAGAACUCAUCCAAAACUCUGUUCAAAACAGCACUUCUAAUAUGUAUUUUAAAACGGGGCUAAAGGAUUUAAUCCAUGGUAAAGUGCUUGAAACGCAGGGCCCUGGGUUCAGUCCUCAGCUGUGUGUCAGUCAAAAGUCAUACAGAAGAAUUCUAUGGCCCUAAAUAUUUUAAAAUGGAAUUCAGGGCAGGAGAGUUGGCUAAGCAGAUAAAAGCACUUUGUUACUCUUGCAGAGAACCUGGGUUCAAUUCCCAGCAACCAUGUGGCAGCUCACAACCACCUGUAACUCCAGUCUCAGGGAAUAUGACUCCCUUGGACACAAGGCAAAACAUUUGUACACAUAAAUCUAUGUUAAAAAGGGGGUGUGUUUUCAUGUUAUUAAAAGCUUGUGUAGAACAGAAUUUAAAGAUUUCCCUUACAGUGUAGCUGGAGAGUAACCAUGAUGAACAUAUGGCUCACUGCACACAGUGCCAGGGUUUGGCACAGUAGUGACCUUAGUCAAGCUGCUUUCUACUGGUGGGUACCUUUAGGGUUUCUCUGCAGUUUGUUGUGGCUAAAUACACUGGCUUGCCUGAGACUUCCCGAGAUUAGCCUAUAUAAUGUGCCUUAGCAGGUUGAUGCUUAGCAUGCAAAACAUCAAACAAAAGUCGUCUUUGAGACCGGCAAGAUUUUUAACAUUUUGCUGUGGCUUCUGCCUUGGCCUCUAGCUGAGUCCACAAGCAUCUUUUCCCGGAGAGUAUUAUAAAGGCACAUGAUCUUUUCUAAAACAUUGUAACCACCAUGUAGUUGAGUGAAUGCCUCAAAGUGCUGUUCAGCAAGGACAGCUCUACCUUGAGAUAAGCAAGUUCAUUUUUGGCAGCCGUGCUCCAUGUAAUACUCCAGGUCCUUAACUAGCUUGGACUUAGUUGUGAUACACGUAUACUGUAUUGAAUUCCAAAUUCAUAAAAGCAGUUGAGUGUUGGGCUCUGGUCCUUCAAGUUCAAGUCUAGUCAGUGGCUGUCAUUUUAAUUUAGAGUUGGCAAGUUGAUUGAUGAUGUGUUUCUGAGAUGUAAGGGACUUGAAUCUGUUACAUGACCUAGUGCAGCCCUGUAACCCUUCACCUGGGGGGUUGCGUGUGAGGGACCACAGAGGGACCACUGAGAGUUGAGGCCAGUCAGCCAGGGUCAGAUGGAAACCUUAUUUAUCCCAGGGACUGGAGAGAUGGCUCUUCUCAUAGAGGACAUGAGGAUAGUUCCCAGUUCAGGUGGCUAACAACUGCCUGUAACUUCAAGGGACCCAAAACCCUCUUCUGGCCUUCUCAGGCCCCUGCACACACAAACGUAAUUUAAAUAAAUCCCCCUUUAAAGAAAAAGAAACCCUAUCUUAAAAAAAAAAAAGAUCAUAAAAAUGACCAUUCUAUUGUUGAAAGUACUCUCCAAUCCCACUGAUGACUUAGGUUUAGGAGUAAAACUAAGACUUUGUUUUAGAAGUGAAACUAUUCAGGGAAAUUAAGUGGGUAUGAACGUCUUGGAUUUUGAAUCAUAAUGCGCAUUCUUUAUUAACUAGCCUAGAAAAACUGAAUAAGCAGACCCCAGAUGGACCCUGCCAUCACUUAAAUACGGAACAUCCCUUUAGACUCUGCAGAUCAGACCUGGCUUGUACUGUGUUUGUUCUCUGGCCACUGUGGAAAACGUGGUUUAAAAUGAUGUCUUAGCUCGUCCUCAGGUGAGCUGGUUUUACCAAGAUGAUCUUAAACUGAUCCUGUGGAACGUGAGGUGCAAAGCAGGCUCACUGCUUGUUCACUGCUCACAACAGGUGCUCAUGGGAUGUCUGAGUCAGCACUGUUAGCCACAGGCAGAUGGAACAUCUUGUAUUUAGGAAAUAUUUUCCAUGUUUAUAGUUUUCUAAGAGUUUUUUUUUUCUUAAACCCAAUGGCUGAUUUUGUAAAACAGGUGUAAUAAUAUAGCAUUAUGAGGAAAAGAACUUUUCAACUAUACGAACUGUAUCCAACAAAAUCUUCCAUAGCAUAGUCUGUUAACUCGGACUUCUGUAAUACAGCUGUAGGUUGUCCAGGCCCUUCUGUCUUUAUACAACGGUGCUCUAACCUAUCAUUUUCUCCUUGAAGAGGCUUCUCUUCGAACAUCUGCAUCGUCUCACCGAAGCCAUGAGAUAGCAUAAAUGUGUCUUGAAACAGAUUUGAGAAUUUUUCUAUAAGGCACCUUGGAAAUGUCCUCAAAUAUUUUCAAUACAGAAAGUCAGCUGACUAUGAAUGUCAGCCAUAUGUCUAAAGCUUUCCCAUAUAAGCAGAGGACCUGUGCCAGGAUCCAACAGUGUUGAGAUAGAACAGUGAUCCCCUUAUUUGUACACUAGCUUGUGAAAUGCUGUUGUAGUGAGCUGUACUAUACUCUGUAAUCAAUAAAGUGCUUUUCACUGUC